AUGGCAUCCUCCAGUCGACCAAGAGUCGAGAUCGAAAACCCCAUGCCGGGAGGCUUCCCUUCAUAUCUAGAACAGACAAAUCACCCCUCAGGGCAAUCUUCUGGCAUGACCUCCGAGACAGAGACAUGCUCAAGUCGACCUAGUGACAGACCGGCUCUUCCUGUCAGGGGCAUUCUCAAGUCCGAAAUCUCCCGGAAACCUCAAGACCACCUGGCUGCACGAUUCUAUCGUGUUCCUAGGCCAGACCAGAUGCAGCCUGCGCCUACUUAUCCACCAGUUUCAUACGGUCAUGACAAUAGUUGGAACAACUAUGACGGCUACGAGAGUUAUGAUCCAGAGAGCGGUUAUGACCACGAGACCGACUCUCAGUCCGCAUCCUCGGAACUCUCUGUCAACACGCAGGCCACUAGUGUUGCUUCUGAUGAGACGGUCACCGACCCGGGUAGGAAGUCGACUCAGAUCAAACAUGUCCGUCACGUACCCCCGCCAACUGUUGCUCGAGUAAAGGCACGGCCACGAACACGACCACCUUCUGAGACUACCAAGAGUUCUCAGAAAAGACAAGUCAAUAUUCAAAUAUUCCCACCUGGCCAAUCAAGUUCUCAGGAAGUGCAGUUGUCACGCAAGGCUGAGAAGGAUCUGCUAGAUAAGAUCGAAGAGUUGGAAAAUGAGGCCGAUAGCCUGCGGGGCAUGCGAGUCCAGCUGGGUAAAGAUCUCAGCGACAUGUCCGACAGGUUCUCGUUGAAGACGCUCGAGAACAAGGAGUUGCAAAAGUCACUCAGCCAAGAGAGAAAUGCCAAGGAGCUCCUCUCACGCGAACUUCAUAAACAGCGGACGAUGCUCGACGAGUUUCGCAGUAACCUGGAGCUGCACAAGGGCAUGCUAGAAGACACCGAAAAAGCAAGAGACAGCUUCAAGACCGCACGCGACAAUCUAGGGAAGCAGAUGGAGUCACGAGAUGCUCAGCACAAGGCUUUGGAGGCGGUUCUUGUACGCAAGGCCGCUGAACUUGAGCUUUCAUCGCGGACCUUCGAGGAGCAAGCUAGCUUGAAGGACAAGCAACUCAAUGACGUGACCCAGGAGAAAGACUCCUUGCUGAAGCAGCUGGAAGAGCAGGAAGUCAAGAUGAGAAAUGUUAAGGCAUUGGUGACUGAGCGAGACUCUCUGCGCAAGGAGUUGGAGGAUUAUCAUAAGAAGGUGGAAGACUUGACCAGCAGUCAGGCCACACUGAAGGAAGAAAAGGAAUUUUUGGAGGAAACUCAAAACAAACUUCAGACUCAGAUCCAGGAAAUGAAUCAGGAGAAGGACAACCUCAACGCAAACAUAGAAGGACUGAGAGAGGAGAUCAAAGGACUGAAAGGGGAGAUUGAAGUCUUUAAGGUGAAGAUUUCAGACAUCGAAUCCGAUAACAAAGACCUGGGAGACCAGUUACAGGUCGAAAAGGAUCAAACCCAGCAACUCGUUGAUGAUGAGAAAUUGCGCACCGAAGCAGUGGAAAAGCAAGCCGAAUCAGAUAAAGCUCGGUUGCAAGCUACUAUAUCUGGUUUAAAGACUGAGCUUGAGGGUGCAAAGGAUGCCAACGUUGUCAUUGUGGCCGAGAGAAUGGAGAUCAGCACGAAGCUUUCCCAAGUCAGCGAUAGCCUAGCCACAGCUGAGGGUGAAGUCAAGCAGCUUCAAGAGCGAAACAAGUCUCUUGAGUCGGAUAUCGAAACGACCAAGACGCUGACUUCGGAGAUGACGUCAAAGGUUAAGGAACUUGAGAAGCUCAGCGAGCAGCACAACCUUCUUGAAGAACGAGCCAACGCACUUCAAGCUGACGUGGACAAGCAUGUUGAAGGCGACGCCGCGCUUCAGGCACAGAAGGACGAACUCAAGGCCGAGAAGGAAAAGCUUGACGCACUGAAGGAGACGUUGCAAGACGGAACUGCAAUCACCAAGCUCGCUGACGAGAAGGCGGAGCUCGACCGCCGCGUCAAGGAGCUUGAUUCCCAGGUUGAGGCACUGAAGUCCGAGGAGGCAAAGCUGAAAACGGAGGUGGAAACACUCAAGGCUGAGGCCGACAAAGUACCAGCCCUCACCGAACAACACCAGGUGGUGUCUGCCCAGCUCGCAUCUGUGACGCACGAUCUGAAUCUUGCCAAAGCCGCGAGUGAGGCAUCCGCUGAUCAGGUGCGCGACAUGCAAGCUCAGUUGACAAAGCUGCUGUCCAGGACCAAGUCAAGGAGUGGCUCGAGAUCCAAAAAACAUGAGCGUGCUCGCUCGACAGGUCUCGUUUUCGUGAGAAAUCCAUCAGAUAAAGGCUCUGGUAUAUAUGUCGCCACACGAGAGUCACUGAAACCCAGUGACUAG